AUGAGUUCCUUUAUUAAUGACAAUGAUUAUCAUAUUGGUGAUCUGCCAUCAGAGUUGGAGGACAUUGACGAUCCCCUCAAGAAGAUGGCGGAGACUGUAAAGAUAUUCAGUGCGCUAAAGAUGAAGUGUAAUGAUAGGAUCAAUGAUCUAUCAAAGUGUCACUCAUAUUUGAGUGAGGCAGUCAAGUCCACCCGCCUCUUCAAAGAGUUCACCAAAGACAAAAUGAAUGUCAAGUUGGUCAUGGCUGGUCCGACUCAUUCUGGCAAGUCAACAUUGAUCAAUACAUUACUGUCGAUAUUCAACCUGAUGCCAUCAGGAGCAGGUCAUACAUCAGGGAGGAUAUGCGUUCUGGCUCACUCGAAAACGAUAAACAUCAAGUUCUUCAAAGUGAUACAAUCAGAAGAUCACAUGCCCAACACACUACAGUGUCUGGAGAAUGAGACGAUCAAGAUUGGGUCCAACACAUUCAACUUGGAGACGAGAAAGAUACUCCAUACUCAUCUCGUUCGACCGGUUGGCAUCGAUAAUGAUUCAGAUGCAUUCGAAGAGUGGGCCAGCAAGAUUGUGAGAGUCGAGUUCCCAUCACCAUUGCUUGAGACUGGCAUGGAGAUCAUCGAUGUUCCGGGCUUCAGCAAGUCUGAUCAAUCAUCAUUGUUCAGCAUCCGCAGACAGUUCUUCAAUGUCUACUCGCCCACAGGCAUCCUCUUCUGCUACCCAAACACAUUCUCUGAUGCCGAGGUGCUGGCUGUCAAGGACUUGAAUGAAUCACUCCCAGCCAACUGGAGCGAGACCAAUGAAUACUUCUUCUUUGCCAACACCAAGACAUCCAAGAGUGAGGUGGCCACCAACAAUAAUAUUGACAAGGGAGAAGACGUGCCGCUAGAGUUGAUAGACAGCCACUCUGACAACUGCUUCUCCAAGAUCAAGGCAUCAAGGUUUGGAAACCUGCUCCAGGAAUGCCAGAAGUUGGUUGACACAUUCUCAAAUACAUUAUGUCGCGAGUUGGACCAGAUCAUCGACACAAUCCCAUCGGUCGUCAAGUCUGCAUUGGCCAACAAGUCAAACCAGGUGAUCAUCCAACGUGCCCAUGAUGCCAUCACCAAUGUGGCUGAAUCCAAGGAGAUGAAGUACAUCAUUGAGGACAUCAUCAAGGAGGCAUUCAAUCCCAUCGAUGAGCUCAUCACCAACAAGAUUCAAUCACUCACAGAGACCUUACUUCACGAGAGGGAGGACCUUGCUCACGAUCUUCUCAAAAACGCCUCCAGGGACGUUUCUAUUAUGAUGUCUGGUACAUGGCACCAUCUCCUCUGCAAGUCAAUCAAGUGGGUGAUCAGUCCUUAUGAGGAUAUCAUGCGACACUUCAGGAAGCCCAAACUUGAAUGGGGCGAUCUCAACAACCUGAUCAGGAAGUAUCCCGGCACGAUCGACAUUACAUCAAUGAAGUUUGACGUUUUAGUAGAGGUACUUAGGAACAAAUCCUCAUUCAAUCGACGCCUCAAGGGACAACACGAAAGUCUGGGACUCAUUGUGAAUGCAGGCACAAUGAACUUCAACAUCGACAUGACAUUGCAGAGCUAUGUAAGACUCUUCAAUGAUGUGUGGGCACUACACAGUCAAUUGGUGUUUCCAUUCGAUACAGUGACAGUAGAUCGCACCAAAGCGGUAGCAUGGGGCGACAUUGGACCAGUAUACAAUGGAUCAUUCAGGAACACACCCUACCUAAUCCAAGAGGUACCUUCAACUGACGUUGCGUUCGAACUACCUCUCAGACUGACAAUACAGGCAAUGUUUGGACACAACGUGGCAAAAAGUAAACCCAUGCUGCCACUUCGAUUCUUCUUCAAAUCAGAUGUCACUGGCGGAGGGUGGCUACUGUUGUACCAGAAGCACAGUCCGUUGAUGCCAUAUCUUGAGGAGAACAUCUCAACGAUGAGUGUCACUCAAUCAUUGGCAAUGAUCAAACAGUUGAUCAAAGCAUUGGAGUAUGUACCAUAUGUUGAAAUCUUCAACAUCUCAAAGAUCUACUCGACAGAGAACAUCAAAUCAAUGGCAAUAAUAGUACAAGCUGCCAGAUCAUUGUAUAAUGGAUAUCAAGGUAACACCAAUCAUGAUGGGUUCCCUCAUGAGAAGGUGAGAUUGGAGUACAUGUACAUGGAUGUCAACACCAAGGAUAUAUACUUGGCUUCGUUUGGACAUAGUUCCACAAGUGAUUUUCAUGGUCUCUCCAACCUAAGUUGGUAUUCUACCGAGAAGGUAUUGGCAUCGCUUGCCGUGGUCAUUGCAGAGUUGUUACCCAAACCAAUAUUACAAAGAUAUACCGAUAACGAUUUCCGGUAUCUGCAUGAUCCAAUCAACCAAUGGAAGCCAAAGGGCGUUGACAACAAACACCAUGGAUUGUUUGUCGAUUUGAUCAGAGUAUGCCUCGGAAAGACCACCAUAAAGGAAGUACAAUCAAAGUUGGAAGACAUUUCGAAGCGUGUGAAGUGA